AUGGCGACCGGUGGAGGCUCCGAUACACGUACGCUGGAGGGCAGGGUGAACGCUCUGUUCCCUUACGUCGCGGGCAGUGCAGCGUUCAUGGCGGCGUGGGUGUUCGGACCCUUCCCCGGCAGUCUGUACACGGGAAUACCCUCGCACGAUGAGUUCAUAGCGCAGGUCUAUGAUGGGUUGCACUUCACCCCGGUGUUCGGGCCCUCCGCGCUCAUCACUAAAUAUAACGAGCUGGGGAGACUCCCAGCGCUGACGCAUGCCCUGCCAGGUGCCGUGUGGUGUGCACUCUCCGCGUGGCAACUCCAUCCGGCAUCGAGGAAGACUUUCGAGGGGGGGGGGGCACAGGUGGGGCGGGCGUGCAAUGCUCGCGGCGGCGGCCACACUCAUGGUCGGGUACGCACUCAUCGACGCCAACGGGCUGCCCGCCGACAUCCACGACUUUCAGGGACACUCGGGCGGCAUAGCGGACGCCCUUGA